AUGCUCCACCCUUACUCGGGUGCGUCCAAGCCCAUGCCCGACUGGGACUCUAUCCCAUCUCGACCACUCCCAUUUGCUGCUACACUCCAUGACCUUGAUCUCAAUGCCCAACCCUCUGCUUCCUUACCAGCUCCAAAGAUUCCCAGGCCGAAGCGUCACCAACCAGACGACUUUCCUCCGGCCUUUCCGACCCCAGUCUACGGACAUGCCCGACAUGGCAGCGUGUCCUCGCCUACUCCAGUUGGCCGCGGCUUGCUGGGGUCUCCUAGCCCCUACAAAGCCGUUGUUGGAAGUGACGACUGGAUGCAGAUGAGGGUCGCCCACUGUGUGGACAAUGCCAAAUGUGACUUGGUGUUAUCUGACUUUGGUCUCGAACGCUUGUCAACCAGGAUUGCGGAUCUCGGCGACCUCGUGACCUUGCCAACAGCCCAAUCUCCUACGGCAUCUCCUUCUGCUCGUUUGUCACGCGCUAUGGCCAACCAGUCUCCUAGCCUCAACGCCGCCAUCGCGGGACCGAGUUCGCGAGCUCUAGCGCUUGGCGAGAGAUCGUUCUCCCGAACACAGUCUGCCCCGGCCUCGGCAGCGUUCUUCUCAAGCCUGAGGCAAUCCCCUACAUCAAACCUGAGCAACCGUUCCUCGCUGCUUCCCGCUCUUCCCCUCGCGCCGUUUGGAGCCCUUGGUGCAACGGAAGUCGCCAAUGACGACUCGGAUAGCCCUUAA